GGGCUGGAGUGAAGCGGGAGGCUCCCAGCCCCCUUCCCCCCUCUCCUUCCCAGAGCGGCAGCAGCGCCUCGAUGAGGAGGCGGCGAAGGAGGAGGUGGGGAAUCCGGAGAGCGCCUCCCUCCCCGUCUGCCGAGCGCGGCGCACUCGGAGCAUGGAGCCCGCCUGAGCCACUCGGCGGGCAGCAGCUGCUGCGGCACAACAUGGAGGCGGCAGCGCCGCCGCCGCGGCUGCUGCUCCUGUCCCUGCUGGCCGCCGUGGUGCUUCGGGGCAGCUUGGGCGCCGUCGGGGCUUCUCCCCUCCUGCUUUUUGCUAACCGGAGAGAUGUCAGACUGGUGGAUGCUGGAGGAGUGAAGAUGGAAUCAACUGUUGUUGUCAGUGGCUUAGAAGAUGCUGCAGCAGUGGACUUCCUGUACUCACAGGGUGUUAUUUACUGGACCGAUGUGAGCGAAGAAGCCAUCAAGCAGACUUAUUUUAAUCAAACUGGGAACCUGGUGCAGAACGUCAUCGUGUCAGGUCUGGUUUCCCCAGAUGGCUUGGCAUGUGACUGGAUUGGGAAAAAAUUGUACUGGACAGACUCUGAAACGAAUAGGAUAGAAGUUGCUAAUCUCAAUGGAACAUCUAGGAAAGUUCUCUUUUGGCAAGACCUUGACCAGCCAAGAGCAAUAGCCCUGGAUCCAGCUCAUGGGUACAUGUAUUGGACAGACUGGGGGGAGACACCUAGAAUAGAGCGUGCUGGAAUGGACAGCAGUGUUCGGAAAAUAAUUGUGGAUUCUGACAUUUACUGGCCUAAUGGACUCACCAUAGAUCUUGAGGAACAAAAGCUUUAUUGGGCUGAUGCAAAACUGAGUUUCAUUCACAGAGCAAAUCUGGACGGCUCUUUCAGGCAAAAAGUUGUGGAAGGUAGCCUCACACACCCGUUUGCACUGACGCUGGCUGGGGAUACUUUGUACUGGACGGACUGGCAGACUCGCUCCAUUCAUGCCUGCAACAAAAGGACGGGAGAGAAAAGGAGAGAAAUACUAAGUGCACUAUACUCGCCAAUGGACAUCCAGGUUUUGAGCCCUGAAAGGCAGCCGUAUUUUCAUACACCCUGUGAAGAUAAUAAUGGGGGCUGCUCCCAUUUGUGCCUGUUAUCUCCAAGAGACCCCUUUUACAGCUGUAACUGUCCCACUGGAGUCCAACUUGAAGAAGAUGGCAGGACCUGCAAAGCGGGCGCUGAAGAAGUGCUUUUGCUUGCCAGAAGAACAGAUUUACGAAGAAUUUCCUUGGACAUGCCAGAUUUCACCGACAUCAUUUUGCAAAUAGAUAAUAUCAGGCAUGCUAUUGCGAUAGACUAUGAUCCUGUGGAGGGUUAUAUAUACUGGACUGAUGAUGAUGUCAGAGCCAUUCGUCGGGCUUUUCUCGAUGGGUCAGGAGCCCAAACCCUUGUGACGACAGAAGUAAAUCACCCUGAUGGCAUAGCCGUAGACUGGGUGGCUAGAAACUUGUACUGGACCGACACUGGUACCGAUCGCAUUGAAGUUACGCGGCUGAAUGGGACAUCGAGGAAGAUCAUUAUAUCGGAAAACCUAGAUGAACCUAGAGCAAUAGUGCUUAAUCCUGUGAUGGGCUAUAUGUAUUGGACAGACUGGGGUGAAAAUCCGAAAAUUGAGUCUGCUUAUUUAGAUGGUUCUGAGAGGAAAGUUCUGGUGAAUACAUCAUUAGGGUGGCCUAAUGGUUUGGCGUUGGAUCUUGAAGAAAAUAAACUUUACUGGGGAGAUGCGAAGACUGACAAAAUUGAGGUAAUAAACAUGGAUGGAACCAUGAGAAAAACUCUCAUAGAAGAUAAACUUCCACAUAUAUUUGGAUUUACUUUGCUGGGUGACUACAUCUACUGGACAGACUGGCAGAGGCGGAGCAUUGAAAGAGUUCACAAAAUAAGGGCAAGUAGGGACAUAAUCAUCGAUCAGUUGCCAGACCUGAUGGGCCUUAAAGCGGCAAGUGUCACUAAAGCUGUUGGAACAAAUCCAUGUGCCGAGAACAAUGGAGGCUGCAGCCACCUGUGUUUCUUCACCCCUCAGGAGUGCAGAUGUGCCUGUCCCAUUGGACUGGAGCUGCUGAGUGACAUGAAGACCUGCAUCAUUCCAGAAGCCUUUCUUGUUUUCACCAGCAGAGCAGCCAUUCAUAGGAUUUCUCUUGAAACAAACAAUAACGACGUAGCCAUUCCUCUUACUGGUGUCAAGGAAGCUUCUGCGCUAGACUUUGACGUGUCUGACAACAGAAUCUAUUGGACAGAUAUUAGUUUGAAGACAAUAAGCCGAGCUUUCAUGAAUGGAAGUGCAAUUGAGCAUGUGAUUGAGUUUGGCUUGGAUUACCCUGAAGGAAUGGCUGUGGACUGGAUGGGGAAGAACCUUUAUUGGGCAGAUACUGGGACCAAUAGAAUUGAAGUGGCACGGUUGGAUGGGCUGUACCGACAAGUUCUGGUGUGGAAGGAUUUGGACAACCCAAGGUCUUUAGCUCUUGAUCCAUCUAAAGGGUACAUGUAUUGGACAGAGUGGGGUGGUAAACCAAAGAUUGUUCGGGCAUACAUGGAUGGUACAAACAGCAUCACUCUUGUGGAUAAAGUGGGCCGUGCCAACGAUCUCACUAUUGAUUAUGAAGAUCAAAGACUCUAUUGGACUGACCUCGACACAAGCAUGAUCGAAUCAUCAAAUAUGCUUGGACAAGAGAGGGAAAUAAUAGCUGAUGAUCUACCUCAUCCCUUUGGCCUAACUCAGUACAGUGACUUCAUCUACUGGACAGAUUGGAACCUUCACAGCAUAGAAAGAGCGGACAAGACAAAUGGGAGAAACCGGACGCUAAUUCAGGGACGUCUGGAUUUUGUGAUGGAUAUAUUGGUUUUCCACUCAUCGCGGCAAGAUGGCUUCAACGACUGUGUACAAAACAACGGACACUGUGGGCAGCUGUGCCUGGCCGUACCCAAUGGCUAUACUUGUGGCUGUGCAUCUCACUACACGUUGGAUCCCAACAGCCGGAACUGCAGUUCACCUAGCAGCUUCUUACUGUUUAGUCAGAAGACUGCAAUAAGUCGAAUGAUACCAGAUGACCAGCAGAGCCCAGACAUCAUCCUUCCUAUCCAUGGUCUAAGAAAUGUCAAGGCUAUUGAUUAUGAUCCAUUGGAUAAAUUUAUCUAUUGGGUAGACGGACGCCAGAAUAUUAUUAAAAGAGCCAAAGAUGAUGGCACUCAGCCUUUCACAGUCAUGAGUACUCCCAACCAAAGUCAAAAUCCAGAAAAGCAGCCACAUGACCUGAGUAUUGAUAUUUUCAGCCAUACUUUGUACUGGACCUGUGAAGCCACAAAUACAGUCAACGUCUACAGACUUAAUGGGGAGCAGAUUGGAGUUGUGCUACGGGGAGACCAUGACAAGCCAAGGGCCAUAGUAGUAAAUGCUGAGCGAGGAUAUAUGUAUUUCACCAAUAUGCAAGAACGAGCCCCGAAGAUUGAGCGUGCAGCCUUGGAUGGAACAGAACGAGAGGUGCUCUUCACUACUGGCUUGCUCCGGCCUGUUGCCCUGGUGGUUGACAACAAGCUGGGGAAGCUUUUUUGGGUAGAUGCAGAUCUCAAACGAAUUGAAAGCUGUGAUUUAUCAGGAGCAAACCGUGUGACGCUACAAGAUGCCAACAUUCUUCAGCCAAUGGGACUGACAGUAUUGGGAAAUCAUCUCUACUGGAUUGACCGCCAGCAGCAGAUGAUAGAAAGAGCUGAGAAAACUAAUGGGUACAAGAGGACAAGAAUACAAGGUCGAAUAGUUCAUCUAACUGGCAUUCAUGCAGUUGAAGAUGUCGACAUGGAGGAAUUUUCUGCACACCCCUGUUCCCGGGACAACGGUGGAUGUUCACACAUCUGCAUAGCGAAAGGAGAUGGAACGCCAAGGUGCUCCUGCCCAGUUCACUUGGUCCUUCUACAGAACCUCUUAACAUGUGGAGAGCCUCCCACAUGUUCUCCAGACCAGUUCACCUGUGCAACUGGGGAGAUAGACUGUAUCCCUAUGGCAUGGCGAUGUGAUGGGUUUCCUGAAUGUGAUGAUCAGAGUGAUGAAGACAGCUGCCCAAUUUGUUCAGCGUCCCAGUUCCAGUGUGAGAAAGGGCAGUGCAUUGAUGCACGCCUAAGAUGUAAUGGAGAAAUUGAUUGCCAAGAUAAAUCUGAUGAAGCUGAUUGUGAAACAAUUUGUCUCCCAAAUCAGUUCCGUUGUGCCAGUGGCCAGUGCAUUCUCAUAAAGCAGCAAUGUGACUCCUUUCCAGACUGCAAUGAUGGCUCUGAUGAACUUGCAUGCGCAAAAAGUAAAUCGCCUCCUGAUGAGUCACAGCCCCACAGCAGUGCUAUUGGGCCUGUCAUUGGUAUCAUUCUUACCCUUUUUGUUAUGGGAUCAAUGUACUUUGUUUGCCAACGAGUGGUAUGUCAGCGCUAUGCUGGACCCAAUGGACCUUUCCCACAUGAAUACGUCAGUGGCACUCCUCAUGUCCCUUUAAAUUUUAUCGCUCCAGGGAGUUCUCAGCAUGGCACAUUCACUGGCAUCUCUUGUGGAAAAUCUAUGAUCAGCUCCAUGAGCCUGAUGGGGGGAAGCAGCGGUGCCCCUCUUUAUGACAGAAACCACGUAACCGGGGCCUCCUCUAGUAGCUCAUCCAGCACUAAAGCCACCUUCUAUCCACAGAUUCUGAAUCCACCGCCUUCACCAGCCACUGAUCGCUCCCUCUAUAACACAGAAAUGUUCUAUUCUUCAAACAUUCCUUCAACAACAAGAUCUUACAGGCCCUAUCUUAUACGGGGGAUAGCUCCACCAACUACUCCGUGCAGCACUGAUGUCUGUGACAGUGACUACACCACGAGCCGGUGGAAAGCCAAUAAAUACUACAUAGACCUAAAUUCAGACUCAGACCCUUACCCCCCUCCUCCUACCCCUCGCAGCCAGUACAUGUCAGCGGAAGAGAGCUGCCCGCCGUCUCCCGCCACAGAGCGAAGUUACUUCCACCUCUACCCGCCUCCCCCAUCCCCUUGUACAGACUCUUCAUGAUUUCAGCAGAAGGAACUUAUCUUUUUCCUGUAAAUAUAUUUUAAAUAUGAACACAGAUUUUUAAAUAUAUAUUUUAUGAUCUAAAAAACGGGGUGGGAACUUUAAAAAUGUGAAUAAAAACGGGUGGGGCCAGGGCUGUGAAAAUUGUACAGCGGAAUAAUAUUUAUAAGUUGUGUUUUUGUUUUAUUUUAAUUUAAUAUCCAUUAUUUUUGUGCCAUAUUUUGCCUUUGCAUUGAAGUCACAAAAUUAAUUCGACCUCCAAAGGAGGUGGGAAAUGGGGCAUAGAUACCUGGAGCUUUUGAAAUUGCUGUUUUGAUUCAGUAAAGGGGAAUGUACAAGCGGCGGGGGGUGUGUGUGUGUCAAGUAACAAAAAAGAGGGAGUAAAGAUACUGUGUGAAUGAAUGGCAAAGUUGUUUGAAAUAUACAUUCAGGAUAUUUUUAUUUUUUAUUUACUUGAUCGUAGGUAAUUAACCACAAAAUGUACUUUUCUUUGGGGAUGUUGCAUUCCAAAAGAAAACGAGAAGAAGAAAAAAGGUCUGUCCCCCUGUUUUUAUUCCAUCAUUUGCUUUCCAGAGAAAGCCGUCCAGGGGUCAAGGUGGAAUUCUGAAACUCGCUCUCACUUUAUACAUUGCAAACCACUUUUUGCUGGGAUGAAAUAAGCAUGCAGCCAGCCUACUGGACACCUUGGUGCUGCACACAGUCCUGUCAGGGUUCUGAGAACCUGAGUGUCAUUUUAGUUGGGGGGGGGGGGGAGUAAAGAAGCCCUGAGUUCGGCUUUGCAGUUGCUAAGAAGGCAUGUGGCUAAGAGACCUACGAUAGAAAUAGAAAUGGAAAAUCCAAAAAGUGAUACCACUAUUUCUUAUCAUGCUCAUCUAAAAGGUCACAGUGGGCUAGCUUCUGUGAGAUUUCUCUUCUACCCCCACCCCCAGCCCACUUUUUUUUGUCCCAUUGAGUUUUUGCACAAAAAUUCCAAGCUUUUGUAAAAAGAAAUUUAUUUCCAAAAUUAUGACACACAUACUUAGUUGAUUAAAAAAAAAGUCUCCAGUUCAUUGAGCAACAGAAUUAUGUAAUAGAGUGCGGAUUAAUGGAUAUCAGAUACAUUUUCUUCUGUCAUAUGCUGGAAGGGGUGCCUUUUCUGGAAUGAUGCCUAUCAUAAAAAUCAGGAUGCAUCAUCUAUAAGCAGCACGCAGACUUUCCCCAGAAAUAUUGUUUUUGUUCACCUGCAGACUUGCGCAGAUUUAGUUGAUUAAUCCGCUAAAACUCGUGUGCUUCAUCUAGCUCCAUUUGCAUCAAGAGGUGCAUGUCUGUAGAACAUUUUUGUGUGAAUGGGCUUCUUCUCAUGACUUUGCAUCCGCAGACCUGUCCUUUAUUUGAAACUGAAUAAGCAAGCCUCCUCUUGACUUUUGGUUCUCCCACACCUGCUGGAUCAGGGCACAUUUCAAAUCUGUUUUUGUGCUUAGGAAGAGAGCAACACGUCUUGUGCUAUCUGCCUCUAAGUUUGCCUUUUUCGGUGUUCAGACUUGACUGCCUUGUACAGAAUGUUUGGAAACUUAAGUAUUAUGAGGGCUACAAUAUGAACAAGUAAUGAUAAGGAAAGGAAAGAAAGAACUAAAAUCACAAUAUGUUUUCACAGCUGCAGAACAGCAGGUGCAGCAGACUUUUGAACAGCCUUCAUGGCACUGACAAGGAUGAAAAAUGUUCCUUUUUGAACUCAUAGCUGAUUUUUUUGCAAUUUUUUUUUGACUGAGCAUGAUGUGAAACGCCUCCAAACCCUCGCCAGUAUUUCCUAUCUUACUGAGCGGGUGGAGUUUGACGUUCUGGUGUUUAUCUUACCAUUCCUUUCCUUAAAUCUCUGCUUCCUAAGCAUUUGGACUGAUGCUUAGAUUCGGCAGGACGGGGUGGGGUAUGUCCCUCAAGAAAUUAUCCUUUCCUUCUCUUGCAAAGUUUCAGCGUGGUGGAUGAAGAACUAUAAUUAUUUGCAAGUGCUAACUCCACAAAUACUGCAAAUGUCUGUGGAUACCACAAAAUCAAUAUCCUGCUCCUAUAAACUGUAGGGUGCCAUAGACAUGAGAGUUCUCCUAGCAGUUCCAGCACAGGCUCUGCUUGCGGUAAUGCAUGUAGUUGGCUCUGGUCAAAGUCAUUCAUAAUAGCAUCUUAACUUGUUAAGUAUUCUCAACAAAUCCCUGAUUAAUGAUGUAAACUGAGAAGCAGGAAAGAAAGGCCAUAUCCAAUUGUCUCAUAUCCAACUAAAUUAUAAGCAAAGCAUGCAUGUAUAUUUUACAGUUGAGAGAUUUCCAUCCCGUUGUUUGACUUCAGCAUAACUGUGUUUAAACUUUCAUGUGGCAUUUGUAAAGAGGUUGCUAUUUUAACUCUUAACAUUGCAGGCCUAAUUUAUGGUUGUCUUGCAAGUGACACUGAACGUUAAAAGACAGAUAUUUCAAUAAACUGCUGAUUUCAAAAGAAGGAAAAUAAAUCCACAAAUUAUUGGGGAUGUUCCCCUACAUUUUCAGAAACACAUUAUUGUGCAGUGAGCAGAACAGGGAACCAUAAGCAGAUGGGAAAUAGCUACUGUUGCUCUUAGUGUAGGCCAGUCCUAUAGUAGUUUCUGCACAUGCGUGAGAUUUUGUAAACUGUUGCUUCAUUUUCUUCCAAGGGUGAGAUGUAAAAUUCAUUUGCAUCCAUCCCAUGGUCUUCACAGAACCGGAGAAAAUACUAUGUUUGGUUUUCUUGACCAAAGCUGCGUCGCUUGAGUUAUAGCCCAUUGAUUUCAACAAGCCUGUUUAAUAAUUUGCAGGAUCGUGGUUACUAAAUUUUGGUAUGAAAUGCUGCAACAUUUUCAAAUAAGCAAAUUGCAGAGAAGUGCAUGCCACACUUUCAUCACUUGGGGUCACCUUUCCGUCUAGUAUAUCCAUGGAAAUGUGAUUCCCCUCCCCUCUUUCACAAACUCCCCACUAAUGGAGAGUUAGAAUUUGUGAUGAGUUCAGAAGUCUUUCAUUUUGUAUGUUCUGAGCCUCAUAUUGGUCAGUUUCAUUGGAUAACCCCGGGCUCUUGUAUUCUGAGAAGAAAUGUCUUUGCUUUAUAGUUUGCCUGUAAUUGACAUACUUUGAGCCAGCAGAGCCAUCAAGUGCAUUUCCAGUAAAUGAACAGCAUGAAAGCGUUUGUUGCGCAGCCCUGAAUUUUAAUUUUUAAAUAUAUACUCGUCAGUACUGUGGGCUAGGCUAGAAUUCAUUUCCUUAUUUGACAUAGAUCUCAGGGCAACACACUGCGGCAUAGAGGAAUAUGUGACACACAAAGUCAAACAAUCAAUUUUGGACAAACGUACAAUUUAUUUAUUUUUAAAAAGUGAAUUUGAAACUAAGUACUGAAACAUCUAAUUGCAGAAAUGGCAAGAUAAUUGGCUUGCAUAAAUGAUGCUUUGAACUCAAGCACAGAUUUUUUUUUGUGGGAGGGGAUGACUCCGCCUUGUGCUAUCAAACAAGAUGAUCCAUGUCGUUUGAUUUCACUGUAAGUUUUCAGCUUUGCACAUUAAAACCCAAGAAGCAGCACAUUAUUUUCAGACAAAGUUGGUACAACCAUGUCCAGACAUCUUAUAAUACUUCCCUGCAAAGGGGUCACUGGCUGUGUGUGGCAUUCCUUCACCCAAGAACACUUGUCCAAAACUUUUAAUUUCUUUUGAGGUGGUUGGUGGAAGCUCAAUGGCAAGCCUCUUUUUCACAAAGUAGUUUCUGAUUCUUAAAAGCUCUCAGAUCUGUUGCCUACCGAUAGAUGCACUAACCACAUGUCCUAAUCCAGCCUGGAAGUCAAUUUAGUCUUGACAAGCACCCUGGCAUACAUACCUGCCUUUUUUUUUAAGAGAAAAAAGUAGACCUAAAAGCUUGCUUAGUUUACCCUUGCACCUGAAAAGAAACUAUUGAAAAAUAAAGCGUAAUUUUCUGCAAGUAACUCCGACUGAGUUCGUUGGGGCUUACUCACAAGGAAGUGGAUAGCAGCCUAAGGCCAGGAGCCAUUUCCCCCAGAGAUCCCCUGUGGUUAACUUUUUCAAUGUGUGCCUGCAUGUGUGCUUGUGUGCUGUGGAAAGAAGGGUGUAAGGUCGAGCUUACUUGUAAAAUAUUAUCUGUGGAAAAUACUUUGUAAAUAAUGUAAUUUGAAGUAUUUUGCAAUUAGAAACAGAACAGUUGUGGAUUUAAAUAAAUAAAUAAACCUAUUGGCCUGGAACAAAAUGAAGCAAAAAUAAAAAAUGGGGCUAGCCAAUUGCAACCUAGAGAUCCUCCCCCCUUGAAUCUGCUUGCUUCGUUAGGUGCCGCAAGGCAGCCACAGCAACUUCUACCUCUUCUGUUACCUGCCUCUUUCUGCCGUGCAAUACACCUGGUGCUGUGCCCGUUUCAGUAGGCACACCAGGGAGAUGACAGAACCAUGGGGAGAAAGGGAGCAGGAGAAGCAGCUGCUGCCUCAUUGCACACGGCAGUGAGAAUCUUAGAGGUGAAAUGGGGGCAUUUCUGGGUUGCAAAUGGGUGACUCCAAGGAAGACAUCUUAGAAGAUGGGGGUAGUGCUUUGCUGUUCCACAUGAAAUUGAGAGGGCAUUUUACACAGAAAUGAAACCCAGGCUGCUUUCUGUAUUGUAUCUAAAUAUUUCUUGCAAUUGCUGCUAAUGUAAAUGGACAUGAAUAUAUACAAAUAUUGCCAAGAAUGGUUAUAAUAGACUCACGCCAAUCUUUUUUAUAUUUAUAUUGUAAAAUGUACUCAGCAAACAGCCUAAAUAUUUUAGCUUUAUACUUGUAUCCUUUUUGUAGACACAAUUUGUCAUACACAGGAAAAAGUGCCUUUGGUAUUUUUCAGCAGCCUAGCAUAUUGACUUGGGCAGAUUAUAACAAAGCCUUAAACAGCAAGUUGCCUCUUACUCAUUGUGUUCCACUGGUUAAUUUUUCAGCAUGCAUCGUGCUGCAAAAAUGUGUUAAUGCUCAAGUCAUUCCAAACAAAGGCAUCCGUAUGAUGGUGGAAUUAAGUUUAUUUGGACAUCAUUAAUGCAACAUCACUAAAUGUUGACUUUAGAAAGUUGGUGUGAUUUGUGGCAAACACUUCAAAGUAUCCUGUGGGGGAGUUUUGCUCUAUCUCAAGGGAACUUCCACUAACCAACAUGUAUCCCCAUUUCCUGGGAGUCCUAGUGUUCAUAUUUUUACUGGUUAUGCUCUCAGUAUAAAAUUGUAUGUGACUUUUUGUUUUUUGUAUGCGAUUGCUGCAAAGUACCAGUUAUGAAGUUAGAUUAACAUGUUCCUCACAAGGAAUGUUACUACUAAUGUUUUAAAUAACACUAGGUUAAAGUUCUUUGCAUCGCCAGCAGAAGAGUUAUUAAAAUCACUGUUUAUAGAAUGUGGCGUUCUAUAAAGAGGACUGGUUGAAAAUACCCUUUUAACUGCACAUACACACCCACACUUUGGUAUGCAAGCAACAAAACAGAGCAAAGUCCAGUUGGGCUGGAUUGUGUCAUAAAAUUGAACAUACAGUAAGCAACCUUGAUGCUGCAACUUAUCAUUGUUCCAUAUCACCAAUGCUAAAGUGUUGUUUCAAGUUUCUGGCUUCAUAUAUAAAUAAACAUCUGUAAAGUUAAUUCUCUACAUUUUGUAUUAUAGAUUUUGUUGGCAUUGUUUUGUAAUUCAAACUCUGGGGAGGAUUGUUUGACACCUCCCUGCAUAAAUGAUUUUUCAUGUAA